AUGCUCGAGCGCCAUCUGAUUCCAACCAAUGGUCUUGAAAGCGCCUUGAUCGAUGUCCCUCAAGAGGCGGCGUCACUCUGUGCUUGUUUGCAUCUCGAGCGCCGUCUGAAGAAUCUUCGCCAUUCCGAUCGAAAUCGAGUUAAGACACACCGCUCGCCCACGGCCAAGCAGCUUCCGCUCGAGCCGCCCACCGACAGCUCCAUUCCAAAUCGAUUUUGGUUUUCGUUUACCCCAACCCCUACCACAUAUUUACAUAGUCAACUGGCCCCUACUUCAAGUCCAGCGGCGACAUCCCUUGCCAAGAAACACCUACGUCGAAGAUUCGUUUACCAAGUCCAAGACACCAUCCCUAUGCCCAGCCACGAUCGAACACAGACACUUGUACUCGAUACCGCCCCGCUCUUGACGUCUAGCUUGUCAUCCUUGCUAGCUUUUUCGAACCGGUUCGUGACGACACAAGAUGUAAUCGAGGAAGUUCGCGGGAAGGGACAGCGAGAAAGACUCGAACAAGAGUGGAAAAUACUCGAUGCGACUCUCAAUAACUCGGCCAAUCAGACCGGCGAUGAAUGGACUGGUCUCCAAAUUAGGGAGCCAUCUGCGGUUGGAAUUUCGAAGAUCAAGGAAUUCGCGACCAAAACAGGUGACAUUGCGGUACUCUCCUCCGCGGAUAUCCGCGUAUUAGCUUUAGCGUACGAUAUCGAGGUUGAGGCAAAUGGGACUUGGAGGUUGAGAGAUACACUGGGUGCCAAAAGAAUGGGAAAAGAUCCCGAAAAGAAGAAGGCACGACAACUUCGUAAACUGGAACAACAACAACAAGCUGAAGGUCAAUUGAGUUCGGAAAAGACAGCAGAGGAACCACCGACCAGCGCUCUACCGUGCAUUGGAGAGACCGCGAAACCAGUAUCAACUGAGCUUGGCGGUCCAUCCACUCAAGAUGUCGAGCAGCUCGUCGCACACACAGAUCAGCUCACCUUGGAUACGACUGCCAAUACCCCCGAAUCAUCGGUCACCGGAACUGAGGAAGAGUCUGACGGCCACCAAGAAACACCUGACCACCUAGUAAUAUCACACUCCGAAAUCGACCAUAAGGAUCCUGUUGAGAACGCCAGCGACAUCGACUGGGUCAAGGUGCCAAUCAAAAUUGGCGCCAAAGCAUCCGAUGAAGAGUCGGACAUCUCAUCGUUUGUCUCAGCCUCUGAUCCGAGUUGGAUAACGCCUGAAAAUGUUCACAUCCAUCAAGCCAAAGAUAUGGGGUUUUUCCCGUCCUUAGGAAGCAAGCCCGCCGCUCUUAAACCCGACACCGCCCGAGCCUCUUCGAACUUGGCGGAGCAGGGACAGACGCAUGACGGUCAGCAAUCAGAUGUCAACACGCCGAUCACUAAUAGCACGGUUGGCGAGGGCUCAUCAAAACCUCCAACGAUGAAGGCGGCAGUCUUGACGGGAGACUAUGCAAUGCAGAAUGUAGCUUUGCAAAUCGGCCUCAAUGUGCUUGGGGUUGGUGGGAAACGAAUCAGAGACGUCAAGACCUGGGUUCUCCGUUGUUACGGUUGUUUCAAACUCUGCAAAGAUCCCACGCGGAAAUUUUGCCCGACUUGUGGAGGUGCAACGCUCACCCGAGUCUCGAUCACUUACACACCUUCCUCACCGACGGGCUAUAUCUUACAUUUAAACCCAAACUUCCAAUAUCGAAAUCGAGGAACGGUAUAUUCGAUUCCAUCGGCCAAACCAGGGAGUGCAUCUUUUGAGAAGGGGGGCGCCAAACAGAAGAAGUCGAUCAACGGAGCCCAUUUGGUAUUAAGAGAAGAUCAAAAGGAGUUCCAACGAGGCUUGAAAUCGGUCAAGAUCCAAAAAGACAAGGAAGAACGUCGAUUGAGGAACACCGAAGGGCCUCAUGCCAAUGCGCUUACAUCCUUCAAUGGUUGGAACGAUCCCGAUUGGGAACCUGCUAUGUUGUUGGGCGAAAAGGGACGGAAAUCUUCGGCUCGUGGCAAUCAUCACAACGACAGUGUGCGCUAUGGUAAAGACGGCCUGCCUCUCAUCGGUUUCGGCAAAAAUCCCAAUGAAGUCCGUCGUCGUAGCAAACGAUGA